AUGCGAUUUGGCAGAGCAGCGGCCUGCGCCGCGUUGGCGGGUUGGAUAGGGGCAGGCGUGGCACACAACAUCGCUCUGAAAGCACACACAAGAGAAUGUUUCCACGAAGAACUACACAAGGACGACAAGAUGACGGUGACCUUUCAAGUGGGCGACCGUGAAUUCGGAGGUGCUGGGAACCUGGACAUUGAUUUCUACAUCACCGAUCCUUCGGGGUCUUAUGAAACCCAGCUCAACUCGGUGUCCUCGGGCGACUACUCGUUCGAUGCCCGCAUGGAUGGGAAAUACGUCUACUGCUUCAGCAACGAGCAUUGGUCCGCCAACAGCAAGGAAGUCUCUUUCAACGUCCACGGCAUUGUCUACGUCCCCGAGUCUGAGGCGCCCCAGGAUCCGCUGGACACGGAAGGUUCGUAUUUUGAUCCCCAUUAUGGACCACCAGAGACAAAAGUCGCAAGGAGACUGACAGAAUAUGCGUCGGAUCUAGUCCGCCAACUCUCCGAUCUCCUCGCCCAAGUCAAGGACGAGCAAGCCUACAUUGUCGUCCGUGAGCGAACGCACCGAAACACGGCCGAAAGCACAAACUCAAGGGUCAAAUGGUGGUCGAUAUUCCAACUGGGCGUGUUGAUAGGAGAAGGAGUGUUCCAGGUCUGGUGGUUGAAGCGGUUCUUCGAGGUGAAUAGCCGACCCCUUCCAUGA